AUGCGCAAAGCUCCUGACUCGUUUCCCGUGUUGACUGAUCAAACAUUUCUUUUCAGAUAUGCCACCCGGAUAAAAUCAAAACUACAUCAUAUCUAUCUAUCUAUCUAUCUAUCUAUCUAUCUAUCUAUCUGCCUGUCUGUCAGUCUGUCUGUGUCUCUCUGUCUGUUCAUUAUAUAUCUAUCUAUCUAUCUAUCUUCUUCUCUUCAUAUCUAUCACUCACAAUCUAUUCAGUCUAUUAUCUAUCUGUCCAUCUGUUCAAUAACUAUCUAUCUAUUUAUCUAUUUAUCUGUUUCCCAGUCUAUUUCAUUAUCUAUCUACCUUUCUAUCUGUCUAUCACAGUCUGUUCAUUAUCUAUCUAUCUAUCUAUCUAUCUAUCUAUCUAUCUAUCUAUCUAUCUAUCUAUCGCAGUCUGUUCAUUAUCUAUCUAUCUAUCUAUCGCAGUCUGUUCAUUAUCUAUCUAUCUAUCUAUCGCAGUCUGUUCAUUAUCUAUCUAUCUAUCUAUCUAUCUAUCUAUCUAUCUAUCUAUCUAUCUAUCUCAGACUGUUCAUUAUCUAUCUAUCUAUCUAUCUAUCUAUGACAGUCUGUUUAUUAUAUAUCUGUUCAUUAUCUAUCUAUCUAUCUAUCGAUCUCGUUCUGUUCAUAUCUAUCUGUCUCAAUCUGUUUAUUAUCUAUCGAUCUAUCUGUCGGUGA